GGGCCGGGCCGGGCCUUACUCCGCCAGUCCUUCCCCCAUGGAGAAGCCGCUGCCCGCGGAGCACGGCCCGGAUCCGAGGGGGAGGCCGCACCCGGAUCGCCAUGAGCCUGGAUGCCUUCGUCCACCUACCGAGCUCCAUCCUGGACCUUCCUCCCCAGAGUGAGUCGGCCUCCCGCUCCCUCGGGGCCAUGAACCCCCGGGAGAGCCACCCCGGCAGCCCGGCCCCGGGGACCGUAAGGGGAACCGGCGACCCCCGGCUUGACCCCGCCGAGGAGACCGAGAUGCAGAUGAAGGUGGACUUUUUCCGGAAGCUGGGCUACUCCUCGGACGAGAUCCACGCGGUGCUACAGAAGCUGGGCCUGCAGGCGGACACGAACACCGUCCUGGGCGAGCUGGUCAAGCACGGCGUGGCCGCCGACCGCGAGGCCGGGCCGGAGGAGCCCGGGGAGACCCCGCUGGUCCCCCGGGGAGGUGGCCCCCCGAAGGCCCCCAGCCCCGUGAUGCCGCCCUCGGAGGAGAGGGAGGGCAGCAACCUGCGGCCAGUGGUCAUCGACGGGAGCAACGUGGCCAUGAGCCACGGGAACAAGGAGGUGUUUUCCUGCCGGGGCAUCCUGCUGGCGGUUAGCUGGUUCCUGGAGCGUGGCCACUCGGAUAUCACCGUCUUCGUGCCUUCCUGGCGCAAAGAGCAGCCAAGGCCAGAUGUGCCUAUCACAGACCAGCAGAUCCUGCGGGAGCUGGAGCGGAAGAAGAUCCUGGUGUUCACGCCGUCGCGGCGCGUCGGGGGCAAGCGGGUGGUGUGCUACGACGACCGCUUCAUCGUGAAGCUGGCCUACGAGUCGGACGGGGUCGUGGUCUCCAACGACACCUACCGCGACCUGCAGGCCGAGCGGCUCGAGUGGAAGCACUUCAUCGAGGAGCGGCUGCUCAUGUUCUCCUUCGUCAACGAUAAAUUCAUGCCCCCCGAUGACCCCCUGGGCCGGCACGGCCCGAGCCUGGACAACUUUCUGAGGAAGAAGCCCGUGGUCCCUGAGCACAAGAAGCAGCCGUGCCCUUACGGGAAGAAGUGCACCUAUGGCAUCAAGUGCCGCUACUACCACCCAGAGCGACCCAGCCAGCCUCAGCGCUCCGUGGCCGACGAGCUGAGGGCCAACGCCCGGCUGUCCCCGCCCCGGGGCCCCGCCAAGGAGAAGAGCCGGGGCCGGCCCGCCCAGCGCCCAGGCGAGGGCCACCCCGGCUCCCCCCACGGGAGCCUGGAGGCCAAGACCCCCACCCCCAAGGCCGGGGCCGGCGGGACGGACCGGCCGGCUACCCAGGGCUACCCCGCGGGCGGGAGCCUUCCGGCCAACAACGGGACCUUCGGCGCCCCGGACAGGUACCCGCCCCCGUCUCCUCACCCGGACUCCCUCUCCUUCACCUCUCAGGACCAGCUGGACUCCGGCCUGGGCUCCCUGGAGAGCCAGAUGUCCGAACUGUGGAGCUGCUGGCCCGGGGAGCUCCUGGAGCCGGCCGGCGGGAGCGGGCGGCCCAGAGCCCCUUACCAGCUCUCCCCCAGCCUGGAGCCGGACCCCCACGGCCCCCCGCCCGGCUAUCGCCCUUAUGGGGCCGAGCCCGCCCACCCCCGGCCGGCCUGCUCCUUCCCGGGCUACGGCCGCCCCGCCCCCGGGGCCGGCACGGGGCCGUACAGCAUCCCGGCCGACUUCCCCCCGGCCCCCGUCCACCCGCCCCGAGAGUAUUGGUCCGAGCCCUACCCGCUGCCCCCACCCACCCCGGCCCGGCCCCGCCUGGUCGCCCGGCCCUUCGGCGACGCCGGGCCGUGGGCGGCGGCGGCGGCGGCGGCCGACGGCUUCUCCGAGGAGCGGGCCAGCGUGCGGGUCAAGCUGUGCGGCAUCUUCCCCCCUCACCUGGUGGAGGCCGUGAUGAACCGCUUCCCCCGGCUCCUGGACCCGCAGGAGCUGGCGGCCGAGAUCCUCACUUACAAGUCCCAGCACCAGGGCCUGUGAGGCCGGAAGCCCCGAUGGCCAGCCGCGGCCCCCGGGCCAGCGUGGGUGGUCGGCCGGCACGGCGGAGCCCGGGCCCGGGGGCCGCUGCUCACCGGCCCCGGCCUCUCCAUCCCCCUUCCCGGCCCGCGGGCCCGAGGACAAGCUGGUGGGAGGUAGGAGGCCCUCCUAAGGAACGGAGGACGUCGGAGCGGGGGCAGGAACGGAGGGGUUGUCACCCCCCCCAACCCCCACCUGCCAGGAACCAAGCGUAUUUAAUGAUUUGUUCUGCAGGGUGGAGUUUCCCACAAAGCCGAUCGAGUGUGUGCCGAGUUGGGGGGAAGCAAACCAAAGAGAUAUGUAACAAUUGGUUCUGGUCAAGGGCUACAGAGACUCUUUCCCUCUCUCUUGCUGUCUCGCUGUCUCUCGCUCUCUCUUUUUUGAUGUGUUUUUGGUGUCCCUCUGCCUUUCUCUCUCUGUAGACUUUUCCCUUGGAGAGGCCAGAAGCGAUUAACCCGUUGAUACACAUUGUAUCACCUUUCGUUCAGCCCCCGUCCUGUGGCUAAAACUCCGAAUCCUCCCCUCAGUUGGCGAAGAUGAGGAUGACGGGGUGGGGGGAGGAGACGGGGUUGGGGAGACAGGGCCAAAGUGCCAUUCUGGGGGGUGUCGUUUUUCCUCCCUGCCCCCCGAGUCCCUUUCCCCAUCGCCACCCCUGCUCCCCUCGGCUCUUCUCCCCGCCCAGAUCCGUCCGCGGGACAACAGCCGCCUCUGGCUGGUUCGGCACCGUGUGCCCCAUGAGACCCCCCUCCCACCCCCCAGUUCUGGGUCUCUCAAACCCCGUAAGCCAAUGACGCCUCCGCUGUGGCGAGGUUUCAUGUUAGUAAGCAAAAUGCUUUUUAAUAAUCGUGGUCUCUGUCUCCUCUCUUUUCCCAACACCCCUGUGACCUGAGGGAGGGUCCGGGGAGGGUCUCCGUGAAGCUCUCCCGCGGGCCCGGUUGGGGUCUGGAGGAGAGAGGGAAGUUAAGGAGAAAAUAGUUCAUUGCUGCAAUAUAUCAAUAAAGGAAUU